GCCUUGCGAGGCUUUCCGCCCUCCUAGACAAGAUGGCGGCGCCCACGUUACGGAGUUUUGGGCUUGGUCGGCGGUUCAGCUUGUGCAAAUGGCUAGAGCGCUGGGCUUCGGGUCAGCGUGAGAGCCACUCAGGGGCGCAGGAUCUGCUAAUGACUCAAAGAAAGCGAGGUUUGUUCAAGGAGAUUUUCCCAGCCAAGGGAGUGGACCUGGAGCUGCCGGAGCUUUUGGCCAGCAGCGCGAAGGCUGGCACCGCACAAACAGUAUACUGUGGGUUCGACCCCACGGCGGACUCUUUGCAUGUGGGGCACUUACUAGCCGUGUUAGGGCUGCUGCAUUUCCAGCGGGCUGGUCACCACGUGAUCGCUGUAGUCGGCGGUGCCACCGCGCGCCUGGGGGACCCCAGCGGUCGCACCAAAGAGCGCGAGGCGCUAAGCGCAGAGCGCGUUCGGGAGAAUGCGCGAGCCCUGCGGGAGUCCCUCGAGCGGCUAUCCGCGCACCACCAGCGCUUUUUCCACGAUGGGCGGACGUGGGGCACCUUCACAGUCCUGGACAACGCAGCGUGGUACUCGCAGCGGCAGCUGGUGGACUUCCUGGCCGCCGUAGGCGGCUGUUUCCGCAUGGGGACGCUACUGAGUCGACACAGCGUGCAGUCCCGACUCAAGAGUCCAGAGGGCAUGAGUUUGGCCGAAUUCUUCUACCAGGUCCUCCAAGCCUACGACUUCUACCACCUGCACCAGCGCUAUGGGUGCCGCAUCCAGCUGGGCGGCUCCGACCAGCUGGGCAAUAUGGUGUCUGGCUACGAAUUCAUCCACAAGGUGACUGGGGAAGAUGUUUUUGGAAUCACUGUUCCUCUGAUUACUAAUACAACUGGAGCUAAGCUGGGAAAAUCUGCUGGGAAUGCUGUUUGGCUAAACAGAGACAAAACUUCUCCUUUUGAAUUUUAUCAGUUUUUUGUCAGACAGCCUGAUGAUUGUAUAGAAAGGUACCUUAAACUCUUCACUUUUCUACCCCUUCCGGAGAUUGAACAUAUAAUGCAGAUGCAUACUAGAGCACCAGAAAAAUGGGGGCCUCAGAUACGACUUGCAACAGAAGUAACAAAAUUUGUUCACGGCCAAGAAGGAUUAGAAUCUGCCAAAAGGUGUACACAAGCCCUUUAUCAUUGUAGUAUAGAUGCCCUAGAGAUUAUGUCUGAUGAAGAGUUAAAAGAGCUAUUUAAAGAAGCUCCAUUCUCUGAAUUGGUUCUUGAUCCUGGAACAAGCGUAUUGGAUACAUGUCGCAAAGCAAAUGCCAUUCCAGAUGGCCCAAGAGGGUACCAGAUGAUUACAGAAGGAGGAGUGAGUAUAAACCACAAACAAGUAACUAAUCCAGAAAGUGUUCUAGUUGUUGGACAACAUAUCCUUAAAAAUGGACUUUCACUACUCAAAAUAGGAAAAAGAAAUUUCUACAUUAUAAAGUGGCUUCAGCUGUGACUGGAAAAAAAUAACCUAGCUAAUAAUAAAAAUUUCAUGUUAUUAGUCUAAAGAUAAGUUGGUUUCAGCAUCUUUACUCUUUGUCAUGAGAAAAAAUAAUUUGGUAUACUACAAUUCUCAUUUUAAUUACCAUAUUUACAUAGGUUGAUGGAUAAAUAUUUUAUUUCAGGGGGAGAAGGAAUAAUUUGUGACAAUCUGAGCAAGAAAAAUAUUUACAUUAAGAAAAAAGUAGCAGUCAGUGAAUUCUGUUUUUUCCUAUGCUACCUUCCCUUUGCUGAAUGAUGAAGGAAAAGCAAAUAUAAAGAAUUGUUACUACUCUUCUUACACUAUAUGACAUUUACAAGUGGUGGGAAGCAGGAGUGCAUAUUUCAUUAAAGCCAUUUUAUAAGACAAGAAUUUCUAGAUUUCAAACUCAGGGGGAAGCAAUUGAAACAAAAGGAUACAAAUCUGUCAUUCCUCUUUAUGAAGGAAAACAUCAAUAAUGGCAAGUGCAAGGAGAGAGUAGUUCACACAUAAUAAUCUGUCUUUAAGAUUUAAGAGAUUACAGAAGUUUAUUUAAAAAAAGGAACAGCUCUAUCAUUUUUAUAUAAGCUGGUUUUCUUGGCAAAUAAAGAAUUUUAUGAUUCAGUUAAUUUGAAAUUCAUAGAAUCAGAGGUGCAUGAGUCUUAGGAUGACUCAAAUAUUAUGUUGGCCUACUUAAUUUUAUAUUUUUAGAAACUUUGAAAAUACAUUAUAAUGUAGA